CGUUCCAGUAGAGAUGUCCAUCUCAUCAUAGCAUCAGGACGAACACUCGUCUAGAGAGAGAGAGAGAGAGAGGUUUUGCGAUUUAUAGAGCCAGCAUGAUAUCAACUCGAAGCUUGUUGUGUCCUCUGAUAAUAUUCUUGGCGACAGUGAGUCUGAUUGUAGAGCAAUCGGAGUCGGCGAAGACAGAAGCCUAUAGGAGAGAUCCAGGGCAUCAACAAUGGCAUCAUAGUGCCUUUCAAGAAGUCAAAGACAGCGUGAGAUCCGACGUUCGUCAGAUGCUCCAUUCGCGCGCUGAGGUUCCUUUCCAAGUCCCACUUGAAGUGAACAUAGUCCUGAUUGGUUUCAAUGGUGAUGGAGGCUACAGGUACACAAUAGAUUCCCAAAAAUUGGAGGAAUUUCUGAGAGUUAGCUUCCCAUCUCACAGGCCCUCAUGCCUGGAGACAGGCGAGCCCCUUGACAUCGAGCAUCACAUUGUCUAUAAUGCAUUUCCUGCUGGGCAGCCUGAACUGAUAGCACUUGAGAAAGCACUGAAAGUGGCUAUGGUUCCUGCAGGCACUGCCAGAGAGGCUGAUUUUGGAAGGGAAGUGCCUUUGUUUGAGGUGGAGGCAGCUGCCGUGGAGCCAGAAUUUCAGAAGCUAUAUUCUUACUUAUUUGCCAUAGAGAAUGAGGGAUAUUCUGCAGAAGAGAUGGACAGACCUAUGCCAACUGCCAUAUUUAUUGUUAAUUUUGAUAAGGUGAGAGUUGAUCCUAGGAAUAAGGAUAUUGAUCUCGACAGUUUAAUGUAUGGCAGUAUUUCUCAGUUAACUGAGGAAGAGGUGAAAAAACAAGAGGGAGAUUACGUUUAUCAUUAUCGUUACAAUGGAGGGGGAGCAUCUCAAGUUUGGCUUGGCUCGGGCCGGUUUGUUGUGGUCGACCUCUCAGCAGGCCCUUGUACAUAUGGAAAGAUUGAAACUGAAGAAGGAAGCAUCAGUUCUAGAACGCUUCCCCGGUUACGGAAUGUGAUGUUUUCACGAGGUAUAGGUGCAGCUAGUGAUCAUUCUGCCCAUAAUAUUUUUGUUGGACAGCUUGCUGCUUUGGUUGCGACCACAAUUGAGCAUGUUAUGGCUCCAGAUGUUAGGUUUGAAACCAUUGAUAUGACAGCAAGGUUGCUUAUACCAAUCAUUGUUCUCCAAAAUCAUAAUCGAUACAAUAUCAUGGAGAAAGGCCACAAUUACAGCAUAAAUAUAGAAGCUAUCGAGGCUGAGGUUAAGAAGAUGGUUCACCAUGGACAGGAAGUAGUUAUUGUUGGGGGUUCACAUGCUUUACAUCGCCACGAGAAGUUGGCUAUUGCCGUUUCAAAAGCAAUGCGGGGUCAUUCCCUUCAAGAAACAAAGAAGGAUGGGCGUUUCCAUGUUCAUACAAAGACAUAUCUGGAUGGCGCUAUUUUGAAGGAGGAGAUGGAACGGUCUGCUGAUGUGCUUGCCGCAGGUUUACUUGAGGUGUCUGACCCAUCUCUUUCAAGUAAAUUCUUCCUCCGCCAGCACUGGACAGAUGAUACUGAAGAUUCAAAUGAUUCCAUACUAAAGCACAAACCUCUUUGGGCUAGUUAUGGCACUAAGCAUGGCAAGCAGAAGAAAAAGAGAGUAGAAAGGAAGAAACAAGGGGAUUUGUACCGGACUUAUGGAACCAGAUUGAUUCCUGUCUUUGUUCUAUCAUUGGCUGAUGUCGAUGAACACCUCAUGAUGGAAGAUGAUAGUCUUGUGUGGACAAGUAAUGAUGUUGUCAUUGUACUUCAACAUCAAAGUGAAAGGAUACCUUUGAGUUAUGUUUCAGAAAUACAUAGAAGGCAUGCUAUUCCGUCACAAGCACAACGCCAUAUAUUGGCUGGGCUGGCUUCUGUGGUGGGUGGAUUGAGUGCACCAUAUGAAAAGGCUUCCCAUGUGCAUGAAAGGCCAGUUGUAAAUUGGCUUUGGGCCGCCGGUUGUCAUCCAUUUGGGCCAUUCUCUAAUACGUCCCAAAUUAGUCAAAUGCUUAAGGAUGUUGCUUUGAGAAAUACAAUAUAUGCACGUGUUGAUUCUGCCCUCGGCCGAAUUCGAGAGACGUCAGAGGCUGUCCAAGCUUUUGCUGGUGAACAUCUGAAAACCCCUCUUGGUGAACCAGUAAAGGGUAAAAAGAACAAAUCCAACACCGAGCUCUGGCUGGAAAAGUUCUACAAAAAAACUACCAACUUGCCCGAACCUUUUCCACAUGAAUUAGUCGAAAGACUAGAGAAGUACUUAGAUAGUCUUGAGGAACAGCUAGUUGAUCUCUCUUCCCUGUUAUAUGAUCAUCGGUUACAAGAAGCACACUAUAACAGUUCAGAGAUUUUUCAGAGCUCCAUGUAUACACAGCAGUACGUGGAUUAUGUUUUGGACAAUGAGAAGGACAAGAUGAGAUGCUGCAGUAUUGAAUACAAAUUUCUGGUACAGUCUUCUCAGAAUAUCAUUUAUGCCGGAAUACUCCUGGCUGGAUUCUUCGUAUAUUUUGUUGUAAUUUUCUUUUCAUCUCCUGUGCGCUAAUUUGAUUAAUCACUAUCAAGAAAUGGCAUCGAAUUAUCGAUGCCGAUCACUAUUUUGUAGAAUAGAAAGGUAUAAUUUUGGGAAAAGAAAAUAUUGAUGUGGGUUUCUCAGAGGUAGAUAUAUAAUAUUGUUUACAAAAUCAG